CAGUGACCACGGACCAAGCAGUCUGUCAUGAAUAGGCAAGGCCAACCUCUGCUCCCCCAGAAAAGUGGAAAUGCUCAUCUGAACUACAUCACCUUUUCAGAGUCUUCAAAGUAACCAAGGAUUGAACAGAACAGAAGUAACCUGAUUUCCAGUGUCUCUGGCCUUCCUGUGGAAAGCAGACAGGGUGUAUGAAGACUAUUCAAAUAUGUCAGAGACUUCCUCCCAUGACUCCUUCUAUGAUUCCCUAUCAGACAUGCAGGAAGAAAGCAAGAGUGCUGACUUCUUCCCUGAGCUCUCCGCUUUUCUCAGCCAGGAAGAGAUCAACAAGAGCCUUGACCUGGCCCGGAGAGCGAUAGCCAACUCCGAGACAGAAGACGGUGACUCGGAGAAGGAGAUCUCGCAGAUUUUCAGCACCUCCCCUGCAGGCCUCUGUGAACACCCUUCCCUCAAGGAGACCAAAUCGGGGGAGCCCACCUCCUCGGAAAGACCUCCGGAUAACAGGCCAGAGCAGACUGAGGGGCUCUCCUCCCAGGGCUCCAAGAGGAAACCUGCCCGCUCACCCCUGCUCGCCAGACCCAGCUACAUCCGGAGCCUCCGAAAGGCUGAAAAGCGCGGCGCCCCCACUCCGGGCGCAGGUGGAAAGCCCGCACCGGCUUAUCAGCGUGAGCCUGGCCCCCAGAGCCAGCUGUGUGACAAGGCGGCUAAUUUCAUCGAGGAGCUGACAUCCAUAUUUAGAGAAGCGGCCAAGCCGAGAAACAGGAGCCCAAACGGGGAGUCCUCGUCACCAGACAGUGGGUACCUCUCUCCCAAAAAUCAGCCGUCAGCCCCGAGGAGUGCCUCUGCCAGCCAGAGCCCCACCGAGGACCAGCAAGAAAUGGAAGCGGAGGUCAAGUUGCCGGAAGCCAGGCCCUGCUACCCGGCAGACCGGGACGAGGCGGUGCCGGGCGGUAGCAUCCCUCAGCCCCAGCCCCAGAGCGCACCCCACUUCUCCUCGGCCCCUCGCUUCAUCCAGAAGCUGCGGAGCCAAGAAGUGGCAGAAGGAAGCAGAGUUUAUUUGGAGUGUCGAGUCACUGGAAACCCAGCUCCUCGAGUCAGAUGGUUCUGUGAGGGGAAGGAGCUGCACAAUACUCCUGACAUUCAGAUCCACUGCGAGGGUGGGGACCUGCACACCCUGGUCAUCGCAGAAGCCUUUGAGGAAGACACAGGUCGCUAUACCUGUCUGGCUACGAACCCCAGCGGCUCAGACACAACAUCCGCCGAGGUGUUCAUUGAAGGUACCAGUUCGACAGACUCUGACAGUGAAAGUUUAGCUUUCAUAUCAAAACCUGGAGCAAUGCCACAGGCUCAGAAGAAAACAACGUCCGUGUCCCUAACAAUAGGAUCGUCAUCUCCAAAGACAGGAGUGACCACAGCUGUGAUCCAGCCACUAUCUGUCCCUGUUCAGCAGGUUCACAGUCCAACCUCGUAUCUCUGCAGACCGGAUGGAACCACUUCUGCCUACUUUCCUCCUGUUUUUACAAAGGAACUGCAAAACAUAGUGGCCUCUGAGGGCCGGGUGGUGGUGCUGGAGUGCCGGGUGCGAGGAGCACCCCCUCUGCAGGUCAAGUGGUUCCGACAAGGGAGUGAGAUCCAGGACUCUCCAGACUUCCGAAUUCUACAGAAAAAACCUCGAUCUACCGCUGAACCUGAGGAGAUCUGUACCCUCGUCAUCGCUGAGACUUUCCCUGAAGAUGCAGGGGUCUUUACCUGCUCGGCAAGAAAUGACUACGGCUCAGUAACCAGCACUGCCCAGCUGGUGGUCACCGCAGCCAACACCGAGGACUGUAGCUAUGACUCCACGGGUGAAUCCAACAGCGAUCACUUCCAGCACUUCCCGCCUCCCCCUCCGAUCUUGGAAACCAAUCCCUUUGAGUUGGCUCCAAAGAAACCAGCCGAGAUCCAGCAGGUGAACAGCCCGGAGUUAGGCCGCAGCAUGGCAGCCCUUCAAAUGCCAUUCAGUCCUGCCGAGAGGGAAACGAACGGAGUGCACCCCAGCCACGGAGUCAACGGACUGAUUAAUGGCAAAGCGAACGGUAAUAAAUCUCCCCCAACACCAGCUGUCCUGCUUUCACCCACAAAGGAGCCUCCACCUCUGCUUGCCAAGCCGAAACUGGACCCUCUGAAAAUCCAGCAACUGCAGAACCAGAUCCGCCUGGAGCAGGAGGCCAGUGCGCGGCACCCGGUGACCGGCACCCCGUGCAGCGCGCCCCCAUCGCCGCCCUUCCCGCCACCGCCCGCCUUCCCCGAGCUCGCGGCCUGCGCGUCGCCCUUGGCCCUGGAGCCCAUGAGCGCACUCGCCUCGCGCGCCGCCCCCACCAUGCAGUCCUCCGGCUCCUUCAACUAUGCGCGCCCCAAGCAGUUCAUCGCGGCUCAGAACCUCGGUCCCGCGUCCAGCCAAGGCACCCCGGCCUCCAGCCCCAGCUCCUCCAGCCUCCCGUCGCCCCUGUCCCCGACACCGAAGCAUUUUGGCCGCGCGCCCGCGCCACCCUUCGCGCAGCCCUUCGGCACCGAGGCCGAGGCGCCGUGGAGUCCCUCCUCGCCAUCGCCCCCGCCGCCGCCGCCCCCGGUCUUCAGCCCCACCACGGCCUUCCCGGUGCCCGACGUGUUCCCGCUGCCGCCGCCGCCGCCGCCGCUCCCCAGCUCGGCCCCGGCCUCCCACUGCGCCUCCCCCGCUGCCCGCUUUGGCCACAGCCAUUCGCCCGCGGCCUUCCUCAGCUCCAUGCUGCCCUCGCAGCCGCAGCCUGUCGCCGUCAACGCCCUGGGCCUGCCCAAGGGCGUCACCCCCGCGGGAUUUCCAAAGAAGGCCAGCAGGACUGCUCGAAUAGCCUCUGAUGAGGAGAUCCAGGGCACCAAGGACGCUGUCAUUCAGGACCUGGAACGAAAACUGCGCUUCAAGGAGGACCUACUAAACAACGGCCAGCCGAGGUUAACGUAUGAAGAAAGAAUGGCCCGUCGAUUACUAGGUGCUGACAGUGCGACUGUCUUUAACGUUCAGGAGCCAGAGGAAGAAACGGCUAAUCAGGAAAUUGGGUCUCCUCAUGCUUCUAUAGGGAGUCCUCUGGAUGGUCAAAAGGAAUACAAAGUCUCCAGCUGUGAACAGAGACUCAUCAGUGAAAUCGAGUACAGGCUGGAAAGGUCUCCUGUGGAUGAAUCAGGCGAUGAAGCCCACUGUGCGGAUGUGCCUGUGGAAAAUGGAGUGGCACCAGUCUUCGAGAUGAAGCUGAAACAUUACAAGAUCUUCGAGGGAAUGCCUGUCACUUUCACAUGCAGAGUGACUGGGAAUCCACAGCCAAAGAUCUACUGGUUUAAAGAUGGAAAGCAGAUCUCUCCCAAGAAUGAUCACUACAUCAUUCAAAGAGAUCUUGAUGGGACGUGCUCUCUCCACACCACAGCCUCCACCCUAGAUGAUGAUGGGAACUACACCAUUAUGGCUGCAAACCCUCAGGGCCGCGUCAGUUGUACUGGACGGCUAAUGGUACAGGCUGUCAACCAGAGAGGUCGCAGUCCCCGCUCUCCCUCGGGCCUUCCUCAUGUCAGAAGGCCUCGUUCUAGAUCCAGGGACAGUGGAGAUGAAAAUGAACCCAUCCAGGAGCGGUUCUUCAGACCUCACUUCUUGCAGGCUCCUGGAAACCUGACUGUGCAAGAAGGAAAACUCUGCAGAAUGGACUGCAAAGUCAGUGGGUUACCAACCCCAGAUCUAAGCUGGCAACUAGAUGGAAAGCCAGUCCGCCCCGACAGUGCUCACAAGAUGCUCGUACGUGAGAACGGGGUGCACUCUCUGAUCAUAGAGCCUGUCACAUCGCGAGAUGCCGGCAUCUACACGUGUAUAGCCACUAACCGAGCAGGACAGAACUCGUUCAGCCUGGAGCUUGUGGUUGCAGCUAAAGAGGCACACAAACCCCCUGUGUUUAUCGAGAAGCUGCAGAACACCGGCGUUGCUGACGGGUACCCAGUGAGACUGGAAUGCCGUGUUUCAGGAGUGCCACCACCUCAGAUAUUUUGGAAGAAAGAAAAUGAAUCACUCACUCACAGCACUGACCGAGUGAGCAUGCACCAGGACAAUCAUGGCUACAUCUGCCUGCUCAUUCAGGGAGCCACAAAAGACGACGCCGGGUGGUACACCGUGUCGGCUAAGAAUGAGGCUGGGAUUGUGUCCUGCACGGCCAGGCUGGACGUCUACACCCAGUGGCAUCAGCAGCCACAGAGCACCAAGCCAAAAAAAGUACGUCCCUCAGCCAGUCGCUAUGCAGCACUUUCGGACCAGGGACUAGACAUCAAAGCAGCGUUCCAGCCUGAAGCCAGUCCAUCUCACCUGACACUGAAUGCUGGCCUGGUGGAGAGUGAGGACCUGUAAUCCGACAUUCUUCUUAAAGCUGAAACACUGAAACACCCUGCCUUGACCAGCAUAUGCCUUUGUCACUAUGUAAAAGGCAAAACCAUACCUUUGACUAUAAGAAACCAAAAUAUUUUUUUUACUUGAUAUACCAAACUUAGAGUUUAAGUAGGUGAUGCUGAUAGAAAUGUACACAUUGCACAGGAAAACUUUUGAAUUGCUGUGAUUAAAGUGGACUGAAAUGCUAAAAGUAACCACAAUUUGUACUAUCAAAGAGCCUAUAAACAUAGCUUUAGGUGCUACACAACACGAUAGUGUGCAAUGCGUAACAUGAGGCAUUUGUACCACAAAAAUACUAAAAUGAUUCUAAAGUGGCAGUGUAUCCAGACAGCUACAGUGAACCAAGUGCAAUAUGUAAGGAUGGAAAAAGAAGAGGAAAGAAAACCAAGUUAAUGCCUUGUCUUUGCAAACUGUUUUAUAUUAAAUCAUAAGGAGGGAAUUACUUGCCUUAAAUAUAAUACUGUCAAGUGUUUUCUAAUAAGGGUAACACUUUAGUUCUUGACAUUUUUUAUGUGUUUUAUUUCCUUUCAUGCUACCUAGGUAGAAAGCUUAUUUACAAACCAUAUUAAAUGGCUAAUUUAAAUAUAAAUAAUAUAAAGUAUUCUGAAUAGAGCAGAAAUAUAUUACAGUCCAUUCCAGGAAAGGCAUCCAAACCACCCAAAUAACCAAGGCAUACAGAAUUUGGAGGAAACAGGGGUUUGAAAGACGUAAGGAGAAGAACAAAGGAAAAAGCUACCAACAUACUUACUACAUUGUGUUUAGAUAAAAGUAGAAGGGCAGGAGACAUGUUAAAGGCCAGGCUUUUCUUUGAUUUUCUUGAAAAUUAAUCUCACAUGUAGGUGAAAAAACACAGCCAUUCACAAGUCAGGGAAUCUAGGGCCAGCUGGAAGUUGGAGCACCUGUGCUAUGGAAAUUUAGUGUGUCUGAGUUUGUGUAGUAGUUGAUGAUUUUAGAUGUUUAGAGCAAGUUGACAAUGGACUGAGACUGCAAGAUUGGUGUAAGAGAGACAUUGCCUGUAGCAUCUAGUCUACUUGAAGGAAAUGGAGACUUAGGAGAGACAAAAACAGGUUUGCGCCAUAAUGUAUUUUUUUCAAUGGCACCAAGACAUGGUGAAUGGAAAAUACCAGUUCACAUCCCUGCUCACAUGAAACCGUGCUUUAAGAAGGUGCCACGUGCUGAGGAGUUUGUAAAGGCGUCUCAGCAAAGACUUAUUUUUAAAUGCACAUGAUUCUGCAUCAGCUAGAGACUGAGAUGAUUCUGACCAGACUUGAUGGUUUUAAGUCGGAACCAAUAAAUUUUUAAAAAGAAGAAACAACAAUUUGGCCUAAUUUUAUAAAACAUGAGGCUUUAAUGGUACUUUGCUAUGAAAAGAAAACACUGUAUUCCUUAUGCAAAACACGUAUACCUUUCAUUAUUUAUAAUAAAAAUGUUGAACUCUCUAAGCUCAGUUACUCAAUUCAAUACAUAGUAUUUUUUAAAGUAAUUUUAUAUCUGUGUACCACCCCAUAUAUUUCAUAUUACUGCUUCACAUGUACAGCUUUCUACUUCUUUGUAAGAACACCAACCAACCAGGUUUGAAAUGAUUAACAGGCUUGAGCACUGGGUGGCAGAUAUUCUAUGCAGUGGUGCAAGCUUCUUUGGCCACACUUGUAUGCAUUACUAAUAUGGAAUUUAAGAUACCAUACAAAGUCCCUCAUGGACCUACCUAUAUUGUAGUACUAUGACUUAGGUCAUAUCUUAAUUGCCAAAUUUUUCUGAAUGUGACUUUUUUGCUAAUUUUCUGGGUUUGGGAUUAAGUAGCAUUAUUUUGCCAUCUUUUGUGUUGUAUUUAUAAAAAAAUAGUACUAUCAUACUAUUUUUGGGUUGUUGUGCUGGUGUAAUGUGGAUUUAACAUCAAUAAAUAUUUAACAAAUCAUAGUUGCAAUUUUGUGAAGCAAAA